AUGAGUCAUUUUCUCAGCAAUUUUCAAGUGAGUCCCGGCGUAGAGGGAUUCCCGGAAGACGCGUUUCAGGCCCUUGAGAACCUGGAGGAGCUUCACCUGAGUAACAACCUCUUGGGGGAUCUCCAUCGAGGCCAAAUCGCCCUCAACUCGGAGAAGUUCGCGUAUCUUUACCUCUCCAACAAUGGCAUUAGCAACAUUGAGCCUGAUGCCAUUAUGGGUUUCACGAGCACCCGCCUGAAGGUGUUCCUCGAGGACAACAACUUGACCCGAGUGGAGGAGGCAGUGUUCCGGCCUCUGAUGGAUCGUAUGCUGGACGGGUGGGGGGAGAUCGACCUCGAGGGUAACCCUCUUGUGUGCGACUGCGAUAUGUACUGGCUCCUCAGCAACACGACCUUCCUCUCCAACGUUAGAUCCGGCUCGUGUAACGGCGUCGACCUGCAAGACGUUGAUAUAUCUUCGUGGAACUGUUAAAUAAGGUCGUGUUUUUUUUUUCUUCUUUAAAUUCAUGUCAUUAAAAACUAUAUAUCCAUA